UGACCUCGAUACUGCACAACAAGCCUGACUGCACCACAAAUGGCACUGUUUCAAUACCGCUCUACUGAAAAGUUGUCUAAACUGUGAGACAGGAUUGCAAUGUUGCUGUGGUCUAACAAGGUGCUGGGAUGUAACCAUCUUGAUGAUUUUCACCUAGCUUUCUCAGCUGUUCUCUAACCGUCAUCUUCUGCUUAAAGAAAGAACCUUGUUCUUAGUCUGAAGAUGCCGUGUGCAAUAGCAUGCACCAACAGUUGCAGUUUGCUGUUAUGGACCAGGUCUAGUCAGCGCUUCCUCCUGGCACUCAGCUGUUUGUUUUGCCUUUGUCCGUCUGGGGUGGUGGCAGGUUUGUGCAGAGUGACCGGUGGAGUGUUAGGCAUCCCCCGCAGCAGUGUGAUUGGGCUGGGAUGGCAGCCGCUAGCUAUGGAUCAAGGUGGGGCUCAUUGCUGGCAGUCUUGCUGUUUAGAACCUACGUGCGGUGCGGUUUGGAGCCUUGGAGGUCAGUGCGUGCUACUGAGUUGCAGUCGGGCCGAUGGCUGCGACAUCUCAGUCCUGCCACUUUCUAACGUCAUGUCCGUGGGCCUUCUGCAGCUGCUCAGCAAAAAUACAUUAAAGAAGUCAAGAAGACCUCGCCAUGCUGUGGUGGCUGAUUCUACCAAGGAUCCAGAACACAAAGACAUCUUUCGAGGAACAAUAGAGCCUCACUGGAAUGGAGCGGUCUUUCCAUCCUCAACCAAUGAAACUAUAAAUACCUCAGCAAACAUCAGCAGAGAAGACAAAACUUUACAGAACACAACUUCACCAGAAGAUCCUAUAGAUUCAUAUUCCAACCGCAGUGCUGUGCCUCCGACAAUCCCACCACAGUCUUCCACCACAGCAGAAACCCCAGUGAAGGAGCUGGUGGUAUCUGCAGGCAACAAUGUGGAGGUUACUCUUCCACGCAGUGAAGUGGAGCUCAAUGCUUUUGUACUGCCACCACCCCCUAUAGGAACUAACUAUGCUUUUGACUGGCGCCUGAGGACCCACCCUAAAGACUACAGUGGAGAAAUGGAAGGAAAACAUAGUAUGACCCUCAAGCUGAGCAAGCUUACUAUAGGUCUCUAUGAGUUUGAGGUGAUUGUGGAUGGUGAUGGUGCACAUGGAGAAGGCUUCGUAAAUGUUACUGUUAAACCAGAGCCUAGAGUCAAUAAGCCACCAGUUGCUGUUGUUUCACCAAAGUACCAGGAGAUCUCCUUACCAACAAGCUCCACUGUAAUCGAUGGCAGUCAAAGCACGGAUGAUGAUAAGAUAGUGGCAUGGCACUGGGAAGAGGUGAAGGGGCCACUUCGAGAGGAGAAGGCCUCAGCAGAUACAGACAUUCUUACCCUAACAAAUCUCGUCCCUGGUAACUACACUUUUAGCCUGACUGUGACUGAUUCAGAUGGUGUUCAGAACUCAACCCAGGCCAUGCUGUCAGUCAGCAAGGCUAUGGACUACAGGCCUGUAGCCAAUGCUGGGCCUAACCAGGUUAUCACACUGCCCCGCAACUCCAUAACUCUGUAUGGCAACCAGAGCACAGACGACCACGAACCUCUGGCUUAUGAAUGGUCUCUUAGCCCAGAAAGCAAGGGCAAAGUGGUGGAGAUGCAGGGAGUACGGACACCGAAUCUUCAGCUGUCUGCUAUGCAGGAGGGAGACUACACCUUCCAGCUCACAGUCACCGAUUCAGCUGGACAGCAGGACACGGCACAGGUCACCGUCAUUGUGCAGCCAGAGAACAAUAAGCCACCAGUAGCAGAUGCUGGGCCAGACAAGGAACUGACACUUCCUGUUGAUCAUACCACCCUGGAUGGCAGUAAAAGCAGUGAUGACCAGAAAAUUGUCACUUACCACUGGGAAAAGACCAAGGGUCCAGAUGGUGUGAAGAUUGAUGAUGAAGAUAGUGCGAUUGCCACAGUGACAGAACUAAAGGUGGGAACGUACAUUUUCACGCUAAUGGUGACAGACGAAAGGAAUCUGCAGAGUUCAGACACGGUCACUGUGAUUGCUCGUGAAGAAAUGGACCAACCACCUGUAGCCAAAGUGCUGUCUAGUGCUCCAGUCACUUUACCUGUCCGCACAGCAAUCCUGGACGGCUCCCAUUCCUCCGAUGAUAAAGGAGGGAUCACUUACCUCUGGACACGAGAUGACAGCAGUCCAGCAGCUGGUGAUGUCUUAAACAACUCUGACCACCGGGCAGUGCUGUUUCUCAACAACUUGGUGGUGGGGAAGUACAGCUUCACUUUGACAGUGACCGACAGUAAGGGUCAGAGCAGUAGUGACAGAGGCACUGUGGAGGUUCGCCCAGAUGUGUUGGAGCGGGACCUGGUGGAGCUGGUGCUGGAGGUGGCUGUAUCUCAGGUGUCCCACAGACAAAGGGACAUGCUGCUUAGACAGGUGGGUGUUCUGCUCGGCGUACUGGACAGUGACAUCAUCGUAAGGGAGAUCAGCGCCUUCAACGAGCACAGCACUCGUAUAGUAUUUUUGGUGUCCGGAGGACCUGGGCGCCAACCUCUGUCUGGUCACAGUGUUGCCAUAGGACUCCGUAACAAACUGCGCAAGCAAAAGAAUGACUUCCUUAUCUUUAAGGCCUGGCGGGUGGACACAGUCAUUUGCCAGCUGAACUGCUCCAACCAUGGAGAGUGUGACCCGUUUACCCGCCGUUGUGUGUGCCACCCUUUCUGGAUGGAGAACUUUAUCAGAACCCAGCUGGGAGAUGCAGAAAGUAACUGUGAAUGGAGUGUGUUAUAUGUGACUAUAGCAUCAUUUAUGAUUGUGGUUGCCAUUUCAACUUUGAUAUGGGGCCUGGUCUGCUGUUGUAACAGACGCAGGGGUAAAGUCAGACGAAAAAGUCGUUACAAAAUUCUAGAGGGAGAUGACCGUGACAGCAUGCAACUCCAUCCACCUAGAACAGGCCGGCUGAAGUCAGUCCUUACACCUUCUUCAUCUGCUCUCAUGCACUCAGAUUCUGACCUGGACAGUGAAGAUGGCCAGGCAGGAGUUCCUUGGACUGACCGAGAACGUGGUCAUCUGCUGCGGCCCCAAAACGGCUCUUUGCGCAAUGGCCAAGGGCCCCACAAAUCUAAAAAACAGAGAGAAGAGCUUAUAUAGCAGUAUGAAACACUUUGCUAUUUUCAACUGAUUUUAUUUUGAACAACACACAUGUAGUCACACUGGCGAAUCUUAGCUGUCUCUUAGGAAAACCAUUCAGGACUCCAUAUUUGCCUCUUCCACUGCCAUCUCAUACUGGAACCCUCCACCCAAUCUGAGCCAGGAGACAGGUUGAUUCCUUAACCAGAGUGUUUGUCCCUUUUUGCUGUCUUUAUCCUAUAUGUUAGGAAAAUCUGGAGUUAUGUACUCCUGAUAUCAGAAUGUAUUGUUUUAAAGGGAAAUGAAGAAAGCCUGCUGGAAAAAAAAAACCUUGAUCAGAACUUAGUCGCUCUCUGAAAGAGACACUCCAUCCUAAUGCUACAUCGCACAUUGAGGACAACUGAGCAUGUCCGGCCAUCAUCAAGUGAGAAGUCCUUUUCUAAGCACUGCCCUCAACAUCUACACAGCUCUCCUACCUAGAUGGCAAUAGUGCAGACCAAGCUUCUUCUCGGGGCUGCACCCAUUAUCGCCAAGUUGUAUGACUGCAUGUAUGAAUGUGUGGUUGUUUUAUUGAAAAUAAUGCAUGUAUUAUAUCAGGUCGUGUGGCCUUUGUGGCAAUGUAUGUACCAGAAGGAGUUUAUUAAACUCGUCACCUAAAUCACCAGCAACCAUAUAGUGAUGUGGCUUACCACAGAGUGGAAAAUUCACUGGAUGUAACACUGGACCUCACCCUCGGCUUUUUGUCCAAGUUUCUUCAAAUUAAAUGGAACAGGUGAAGAAAAGCUGAGCUUGGCACUCAUUUUAUGAUACUGACUGCUUAAACAUAGAUGCCAACUUUGUCUUGUCUGAUUUACAUUUGUUUUAACCAGUCACUUGGUUUUAAUGAACUUGAUGAUUUUUUUGAAGGAUGCUGAUGGUCAGUUUAAGAAUGCCUUUGAUAAAGGCUUUUUGGGAUAUAUGUGAUAUGUGAUUGAGACUACUUUUCCUGUGUUUUUUAUAUUAGUAAAAUACAAGAGUAUAUUAACUGGGCUACUUGAAUGCAUCAUCCAAAUGUUAGAAUAUUUUAGGGCAAGCAUUGUAUAGGCCCUUAUAUUUGAUUUAAGCACCAUGAUCCAAUUAAUAAUAAAUGCUGCUUAUGCAAAUGUAUGAAUGGAAAAUAUAGACCCCUUUACAUUUAGGGGAAGGAAAAUGAUCAUUUUAUUCUCAGUGGUUCAGUAAAGGAGUCCCUGUGUUAUGUGAAUCAAUUAGUUACAAAUGGAUUUUUCUGAGGAAAAUUAAAAUAAAAUAAUUUUAAAAUUUAA